AUGCCGAUCCCAGAGCGAGCUUGCUCCGAGCUUGCGUUCCGACAUACCAUAACCAACCUUCAAGUAUCCGGUGAUCUAUGGCCUGAGCCCAUAGACACCCCUGGCUACGUUCCGCGUCAUCUCAAGCGAUCCGCCACGUCCCGCUUUCCUGUGCUAGAGCUCAUACAACGCUUAAUCUACCGACUUAAGCCCGGUGGCGAUCUCGAGAAGGUACUCGCUCUCAUCGGUCUCUACCAAGCCGUUCGCCCUCUGUACAAACAUAUGAAAGCUUUCUUUCUGUGGGCCUUCACUGUCCAAGUUACCAUCCCAGAUACAGAUCCAAUCGCCAAGGAUGUACUCACAUGGAUGGGCUCCAAUGUUAUCCUAGACAGUCACUCUCGGAGUGCCGUGCUGGUUACUGCAGGAGUGAAUGAUCAGGAUGAAUUCCAUCGUCAAAUAAGCAAGAUGUACCGUGGUGGCAUGCAAGAAGCUGGGGUUGACAAAGAUACCAAGAAAGUCCUCUCUCUCCCACCAAUGGGUACUCGCUUGUUCUGGGUUGGUUACCGCCCGUUCUUGUUCUCGUGCCGAGGUGGCCCACACAUUCGCAGCAGUAGCACUACGAGCGGCUAUUAUACGGACUCUGAUGGCAGUCUUCCAAAUUCACUCAGCAUGUGA